GGCGGAUGGACGUAGACGAAGAGAUUUAGGAGUCUGAUGGGCCCGGGGCAGAGGCAGCGUCAUCUUGUACACUCAGCAAGCAGUGUGACGUCCCAAGAGGGAGGAGACAAAAACUCGCCAGAGCACAGCAUGCAAUCAAGCCAAAGAGACCGUACGUCUUGGCACACGUAGAGGCAGGCAGUGCAUGGAGGGAGGGAGGCAUUAGUGUAGGCAAGGCAUGAGGAGAGAGGGAGAUCGAUCACACACAUACAGACAAGCCAUGGGAUGGAUGAGCAUGGGGCCUGGAGCCUGACUCGCUCUUUCAAAACUGCUUGUACCCAUGGAUACACACACACACACACACCCCACUUCGAACAGACAGACAGACAGGCGGAAGACACGUGUCAGCCGCUGUGAACAAGGCAAGGCAGGUAGACAGGCAGGGUGACGACACACAAAGAAACAAACAUAAGCAGGACAGUAAAGGAGAGCCACGCACAAACACACGCGAUACGGUACCCACACAGAAGGCUUGCCGUAGCAUCCAUCCAUCCAUCGAUUGCUUGGAACACUCCAUUUAUCAGAAUGGCUGGGCUGGCCCACACUGCACUAGUCACUCACCCCCAAACCCUCCCUCUCUCCGUCUGGGGGGGUUGAGGGCUGUACACAAACCUGACACCGUCCAAACAAACAUAGCCCCCCAUGCCCUGCCUUACCUGCACCCCCUCCCACAUGCUUUGUACAGACAGACAGACAGACAGACAGAUGCUCAUGGUACGUCAAAAACGGGGCGUGUCGAUACAACACCAACAGUAGCACUCCUCCCCUUCCCCCCCUCCCUCCCUCCCUCCCUCCCUCGGCUGGUGGGUCAUUUGACGAACCUGUCGUCAUACGUGUUGUCGCCCACUCUGCAGUAGUCCGUCUCGCCCAGCCAUGCGUACCGAUUCCUCGCCACGAAGUCGUACACACUGAGAACACAGAGGAAGCCCAUAACGGAACUUGCACAUCCACGAGUGGCUGUCAGUGCUUACGGGUUCCUGACAAAUCCCGGCAUGGCAAAUCCAAGUAGCGACAUCACUUUCACUGCACCGGUCAACUCCCUGGGAGCAAAAGAAAGGCCCACAGUGAUGCCAUGCGCUCUUCGCUUCACGAUGCCAGCGUUUCUCUCUCUCUCUGUGUGUGUGGCGCGUACUUUCCGAUGUGCAUGACUGCUUCUGAUUUAAAGUAGCAUGAGUCCUCGGUCACCAACACUAUCGAAGAUAUGUCAUCGGGCUGCUUCCCACACCUGCACACACACACACACAUUCAGACAACCAUAAAAACAAAUGGCCAUCCAUCGGAUUGGUUGUCUCCUCCCUCCUGCGCUCACUCACCGUUCGAGCAGCGCUUUGCCGGCAACGGACUGCAGUGCCGCGAAUCUAAACUUGCCGUCCUGGUCCUCGUCAAGCAUAAAGUUGACGGCCGAAUUGCACAGAUUACAAAUCCCAUCGAACAAGAUCACUGGCCUGCGUGAGUCCCAACGACAGAGAGACCAUACAUAUGUCAGUGGCUAACAUAAUAUCUCUCUCUGCACUGCUUUCUGCCCUGACUGACCCAACCCACGUACCUCUUGUCAGCUGCAAAAAUCUGCGCUGCCUUGGCCGCCGACUCAGCUGGCGUGAGAUGCUGGUUGGGCACCACAGCGUCGCUGGUGAGUUCCACGUCCCUGGCCAUCUCGCCCAUCGAGUCCAUGACGGCAGUGGACACGGCGGAGCGAUGCCUCGAUGCAGGUUGGCUCCUGCGGAGGGACUGCCGUGCUGACUCGUGGAAGAGGGAGCAGGGGAUGCGCUGAGGGGCGGACACGAAGGUGGUGAGAAUGGGUGGUGGCUGCACGAGAUGUGGCCUGGCCUGGCCCUCCAUCAGGCUGGACAGCGCGGGCGCUGGCUGCCGGCUGUGCCUUAUCGAGAGCGCAGAGGCUGACGAUAGGAAGGACAGGGCGAAGAUCAGUGCCAUCCGGUUGGUGCUGACUCAGCCAGGUAGGCACGCUGCGUCAUAUAAAGCUUCCUGCUGCUGCAGGUGGAGCCGUGGAUGGAGGCUGGCGCGUCUGUCCUUUCCAAG